AUGAAAAGAAAAGUUUCUCGUGAAUUUCCUAGCGAACGUGGAAUGCCCGCAAAUGAUCUGGGCUCACAGGAAUCCAAAGGAAAAGCUCUUCGUGAUUCUUUGAAUGGAUGUGGUAAGCUAACAAAUACUAGAUAUAUAGGUGGUUCUUUAGAUGAUUUGACAAAUCGUCAAAACUCUAAAGAAUAUAUUGUCAAAGGAGGUUUUCCUUUACUUUACAAGAAACAAGAUUCUCACCCCACACAUAAGGAUAUUGGCCUUACGAAUGGUUGUGAGAAGCUUAAGUUUGGUGCAUCUAGUAAGACAUAUCCAUCCAUUAUAAUAGGGGGAAAUGUCAACUGCAUCAAUAAUGAAUUGAAAUUGGAAAGGGUGGAUGAGGAUUGUCUUGCUCGCAAGCAAGUGAAAAACACUUUGAAAUUGUAUCGUGAAAUACUUGAUAAGCUCUUACGAGAAGUUAAGAAGUCAAGGAUGUGGAAGCCUAGCAUUUAUCAAAAAGCAGUUACUAUUCUUGAAAGUAGUUGCAACUGGCACAUUAGGGAAAAACAAGUAGGAUCUAUUGAUGGAGUUAAGAUUGGAGAUGAGUUUCAUUUUAGAGCCGAACUUCGCAUAGUUGGCAUUCAUCAUCAAUUUCAGAAAGGUAUAGAUUUUGUUAAGAAAAAUGGGACUACAUUGGCCACAAGCAUUGUUGUAACUAAUCGAUAUGCGAAUACUUUCGACUCUAAUGUAUUGACUUAUUUAGGUGAAGGCGGGAACCCUAAGGUGUUAAAUUGUCGUCCAUUGAAAGAUCAAGUAUUGAAAGGAGGGAACCUUGCAUUAAAGAAUAGCAUGGAGCAAAAUUCUCCCGUAAGAGUUGUUUAUCAAAAUAGUUUUGAGUUCUUUAAGUCGUCGGGUCGUUAUGUUUAUGAUGGUUUGUACUUGGUGGAGAAGUAUUGGCAAACUAGAGGGGAGUUUGGCAAACUUGUCUUUAAAUUCAGAUUAAGAAGAAUUUCAAGACAAAUGAAACUAACUCAAGGAUUUGCUACCAAGGGAAAUGAUGAAUUACUUUGCAAUAAGGGUUUGUUUAUGAAAGAUAUUUCUAAAGAUAGAGAGAAUUUGCCAAUUGCUAUGGUGAACACACUUGAUGAUGAAAGACCUUUUCCUUUCACAUAUAUCGUUAGUAGAACAUAUCCAAUAGUUCCUUACCAGUGCAUAUCAAGUAGUUGUGAUGGUUGUGAUUGUACUGAUGGAUGCUCAGACUCUGAAGAUUGUUCAUGCAAAAUCAAGAAUGGAAAAGCAUUUGCCUAUGAUUACAAUGAACAUAUUGUUGGAAUGAAAAAUUUUAUUUACGAGUGUGGAGUCUCUUGCAAGUGUUUUGAGUCUUGCAUUAAUAGAGUAAGUCAACGCAAAAUUAGGCUUCCACUUGAGGUGUUCAGAAGUGAAUAUGGAGAAUGGGGUGUUAGAUCAAAAGUGCUAAUUUCUUCUGGUAGUUUUAUAUGCGAGUAUGUUGGAGAGGUGAUUAAUGCGAAGGAAUUAAUACAAAAGACUAGUAUGAGUGAUUAUUUGUUCGAUAUAGGUUGCAAUGAAGAAGGCGAGGCUUAUACUAUAGAUGCUACUCGGCGUGGUAAUGUGGGAAGAUUCAUCAAUCAUAGUUGUUCUCCUAAUCUAUAUGUCCGAAGUGUCUUUUACGGUGAAUUUAAUAGUAAUUUGCCGCACAUAAUGCUAUUUGCCGCAAGAGAUAUACCAUGUUUGCAAGAGUUGACCUAUGACUAUAAGUAUAAAUUAGGAGAAUUUCGUUUGAAUAACAAUGCUUUUAAGGUAAAGAAGUGUAAUUGUCAAUCUACUAAUUGCACCGGGGAGUUCUAUGAUUAG